AUGUUGCGCCUACCACAAGUUGCUCGUCAAACAGCUUUACUACACAAAACUCAACAAAUUUCAAGAUUUUACGCCAAAGAUGUGAGAUUCGGUGCUGAUGUAAGAGCCCUCAUGCUGCAAGGCGUGGACGUGCUCGCAGAUGCCGUCGCUGUCACAAUGGGUCCAAAAGGCAGAAAUGUCAUUUUAGAACAAUCAUGGGGUUCGCCAAAGAUUACAAAAGACGGUGUGACAGUUGCGAAAGGAGUCGAACUCAAAGACAAAUUCCAGAACAUUGGUGCCAAACUAGUACAAAAUGUAGCUAACAACACAAAUGAGGAGGCUGGAGACGGCACAACCACUGCCACAGUUCUCGCUCGGGCCAUCGCGAAAGAGGGCUUCGAAAAAAUUUCUAAGGGUGCUAACCCUAUAGAAAUCAGGAGAGGAGUCAUGAUCGCCGUAGACACUGUUAAGAACAAGCUGAAGAGCAUGUCAAAACCGGUAACGACGCCAGAAGAAAUCGCACAAGUGGCCACCAUCUCCGCCAAUGGUGAUACAGCUAUCGGAAAACUUAUUGCUGAUGCUAUGAAGAAGGUUGGCAGAGACGGAGUUAUCACUGUUAAAGAUGGUAAAACACUCACCGAUGAAUUGGAAAUCAUUGAAGGUAUGAAAUUCGACAGAGGUUAUAUUUCACCCUAUUUCAUCAACUCUUCAAAGGGUGCAAAAGUGGAAUUCCAAGAUGCUUUAGUACUUUUCUCUGAAAAGAAAAUAAGCAAUGUUCAGACCAUUAUUCCUGCUUUGGAAAUGGCUAACCAACAGAGAAAACCCUUAGUCAUCAUUGCUGAGGAUGUUGAUGGGGAAGCCUUGUCCACACUGGUUGUGAAUAGGUUAAAGAUUGGUCUCCAGGUUGCUGCAGUAAAAGCUCCAGGAUUUGGUGACAACCGCAAGUCUACCCUCAGUGAUAUGGCUAUUGCUACUGGUGGUGUGGUAUUUGGAGAUGAUGCAAACCUUGUGAAAUUGGAAGAUAUUCAAGUGUCAGACUUUGGUCAAGCUGGUGAAAUUAUCAUCACAAAAGAUGACACUCUUCUGCUUAAAGGAAAGGGCAAGAAGUCUGACAUUGACAGGAGAGCUGAGCAAAUCAGAGACCAGAUUCAGGAAACUACAUCUGAAUAUGAGAAGGAGAAACUCCAGGAGCGUUUAGCUCGUCUAGCUUCAGGAGUUGCUGUAUUGCAUGUCGGUGGCUCCAGUGAAGUUGAGGUAAAUGAGAAGAAAGACAGAGUUAAUGAUGCUUUGAAUGCAACCCGGGCUGCUGUCGAAGAAGGUAUUGUUCCUGGAGGUGGAUCCGCGCUCCUCAGAUGUAUCCCAGAUCUGGAUCAACUAAAGACAGCUAACUCUGACCAGUCUACAGGUGUUGAAAUUGUCAAGAAAGCCCUCAGAAUGCCAUGCAUGACAAUUGCACGCAAUGCAGGUAUUGAUGGGGCUGUUGUAGUUGCCAAGGUUGAAGAUUUGGGCCCUGAGUUUGGAUAUGAUGCUCUUAACAAUGAAUAUGUGAACAUGAUCGAAAAGGGUAUCAUUGACCCCACAAAAGUUGUAAGAACAGCCCUUACAGAUGCCAGCGGAGUGGCAUCAUUGCUCACUACUGCGGAGGCUGUAAUCUGCGAAAUUCCACAAGAAAAGGAACCUAACCCAAUGGCGGGUAUGGGAGGUGGAAUGGGUGGUAUGGGAGGUAUGGGUGGCAUGAUGUAA